AAUGAAUGUUUACUUUCCUAACAUUCUCAAAGUAUUUUUCGACGACGGUGAUAGCAAAAUACUAAAAGAGCAAAUAUGUGCCUGCCAAAGAGCAUAUGGAAACGUAUGAAAAAAGUUUUUAAGAAAAAAAAAGUUGUUAACUCAACCGGUACUUUCAAUGGGAUCGUUCCUGAUAUAGACGACGACAGGAUUUCUUUGAAGCAAGAAACCAGUACUUCUUCGAGUCGGAGAUUAGGUUUACUGUGCGAUUAUGAAGAAAAUGUCGGACUGAUUGUCGAUGGCUCCAAAACACAAAAUGAUGGCGUUACUGACAGCAUAGUGUUCGAAAAUGAACAGGAAGAAAGAUUUUAUGGUGAUCUUGGAGUUGGGAAACGUAGGAUCCUCAGGAAGCCUCCCCCUCUCUACUCUGGCCCUCUCAGUGAUGAUAGUGGAGCUUCCGCCUCCAAGCAAGAUUCCAACCACCUUGACUUACAAAAAUUACCAGAAAAACAACCAGAAGUAAAGGAGUUAAUCACAGAUGCAAAAGGAGUUUUCGUGACCAAGGAAGAAUCAAACAAACUCAACUUACAGAAAUUACCAGAAGGUCAACCAGAAGUGAAUGAGUUAAUCUCGGAUGCAAAAGGAGUCUCCGUGACCAAGGAAGAAUCAAACAAACUCAACUUAAAGAAAUUACCGGAAGGACAACCAGAAGUGAAUGAGUUAAUCUCGGAUGCAAAAGGAGCUUCCGUGACCAAGGAAGGAUCAAACAAACUCAACUUACAGAAAUUAUCAGAAGAACAACCAGAAGUGAAUGAGUUAAUCUCGGAUGCAAAAGGAGCUUCCGUGACCAAGGAAGGAUCAAACAAACUCAACUUACAGAAAUUAUCAGAAGAACAACCAGAAGUGAAUGAGUUAAUCUCGGAUGCAAAAGGAGCUUCCGUGACCAAGGAAGAAUCAAACAAACUCAACUUACAGAAAUUAUCAGAAGAACAACCAGAAGUGAAUGAGUUAAUCUCGGAUGCAAAAGGAGCUUCCGUGACCAAGGAAGAAUCAAACAAACUCAACUUACAGAAAUUACCAGAAGGUCAACCAGAAGUGAAUGAGUUAAUCUCGGAUGCAAAAGGAGUCUCCGUGACCAAGGAAGAAUCAAACAAACUCAACUUACAGAAAUUACCGGAAGGACAACCAGAAGUGAAUGAGUUAAUCUCGGAUGCAAAAGGAGUCUCCGUGACCAAGGAAGGAUCAAACAAACUCAACUUACAUAAAUUACCAGAGGGACAACCAGAAGUGAAUGAGUUAAUCUCGGAUGCAAAAGGAGUUUCCGUGACCAAGGAAGGAUCAAACAAACUCAACUUACAGAAAUUACCAGAGGAACAACCAGAAGUGAAUGAGUUAAUCUCGGAUGCAAAAGGAGCUUCCGUGACCAAGGAAGAAUCAAACGAACUCAACUUACAGAAAUUACCAGAGGGACAACCAGAAGUGAAUGAGUUAAUCUCGGAUGCAAAAGGAGCUUCCGUGACCAAGGAAGAAUCAAACGAACUCAACUUACAGAAAUUACCGGAAGGACAACCAGAAGUGAAUGAGUUAAUCUCGGAUGCAAAAGGAGCUUCCGUGACCAAGGAAGGAUCAAACAAACUCAACUUACAGAAAUUACCAGAGGAACAACCAGAAGUGAAUGAGUUAAUCUCGGAUGCAAAAGGAGCUUCCGUGACCAAGGAAGAAUCAAACGAACUCAACUUACAGAAAUUACCAGAGGGACAACCAGAAGUUAAAGAGUUAAUCUCGGAUGCAAAAGGAGUUUUCGUGACCAAGGAAGAAUCAAACGAACUCAACUUACAGAAAUUACCAGAGGAACAACCAGAAAUGAAAGAGUUAAUCUCGGAUGCAAAAGGAGUCUCCGUGACCAAGGAAGAAUCAAACAAACUCAACUUACAGAAAUUACCAGAGGAACAACCAGAAGUGAAUGAGUUAAUCUCGGAUGCAAAAGGAGCUUCCGUGACCAAGGAAGAAUCAAACGAACUCAACUUACAGAAAUUACCAGAGGGACAACCAGAAGUGAAAGAGUUAAUCUCGGAUGCAAAAGGAGUUUUCGUGACCAAGGAAGAAUCAAACGAACUCAACUUACAGAAAUUACCAGAGGAACAACCAGAAAUGAAAGAGUUAAUCUCGGAUGCAAAAGGAGUCUCCGUGACCAAGGAAGAAUCAAACAAACUCAACUUACAGAAAUUACCAGAGGAACAACCAGAAGUGAAUGAGUUAAUCUCGGAUGCAAAAGGAGUUUCCGUGACCAAGGAAGAAUCAAACAAACUCAACUUCCAUACAUUACCAGGAGAACAACCAGAAGUGAAUGAGUUAAUCUCGGAUGCAAAAGGAGUUUCCGUGACCAAGGAAGAAUCAAACAAACUCAACUUACAGAAAUUACCAGAGGAACAACCAGAAGUGAAUGAGUUAAUCUCGGAUGCAAAAGGAGUUUCCGUGACCAAGGAAGAAUCAAACGAACUCAACUUACAGAAAUUACCAGAGGAACAACCAGAAGUGAAAGAGUUAAUCUCGGAUGCAAAAGGAGUCUCCGUGACCAAGGAAGAAUCAAACAAACUCAACUUACAGAAAUUACCAGAGGAACAACCAGAAGUGAAUGAGUUAAUCUCGGAUGCAAAAGGAGUUUCCGUGACCAAGGAAGAAUCAAACAAACUCAACUUCCAUACAUUACCAGGAGAACUACCAGAAGUGAAAGAAUUAAUCUCGGAUGCACAAGGAGUCUCCGUGACCAAGGAAGAAUCAAACAAACUCAACUUACAGAAAUUACCAGAAGAACAACCAGAAGUGAAUGAGUUAAUCUCGGAUGCAAAAGGAGUCUCCGUGACCAAGGAAGAAUCAAACAAACUCAACUUACAGAAAUUACCAGAGGAACAACCAGAAGUGAAAGAGUUAAUCUCGGAUGCACAAGGAGUCUCCGUGACCAAGGAAGAAUCAAACAAACUCAACUUACAGAAAUUACCAGAGGAACAACCAGAAGUGAAAGAGUUAAUCUCAGAUGCACAAGGAGUCUCCGUGACCAAGGAAGAAUCAAACAAACUCAACUUACAGAAAUUACCAGAAGAACAACCAGAAGUGAAUGAGUUAAUCUCGGAUGCAAAAGGAGUUUCCGUGACCAAGGAAGAAUCAAGCAAACUCAACUUACAGAAAUUACCAGAAGAACAACCAGAAGUGAAUGAGUUAAUCUCGGAUGCAAAAGGAGUUUCCGUGACCAAGGAAGAAUCAAACAAACUCAACUUACAGAAAUUACCAGAGGGACAACCAGAAGUGAAAGAGUUAAUCUCGGAUGAGAAAGGAGUUCCCGAGACCAAGGAAGAAUCAAACAAACUCAACUUACAGAAAUUACCAGAAGGUCAACCAGAAGUGAAUGAGUUAAUCUCGGAUGCAAAAGGAGUCUCCGUGACCAAGGAAGAAUCAAACAAACUCAACUUACAGAAAUUACCGGAAGGACAACCAGAAGUGAAUGAGUUAAUCUCGGAUGCAAAAGGAGUCUCCGUGACCAAGGAAGGAUCAAACAAACUCAACUUACAUAAAUUACCAGAGGGACAACCAGAAGUGAAUGAGUUAAUCUCGGAUGCAAAAGGAGUUUCCGUGACCAAGGAAGGAUCAAACAAACUCAACUUACAGAAAUUACCAGAGGAACAACCAGAAGUGAAUGAGUUAAUCUCGGAUGCAAAAGGAGCUUCCGUGACCAAGGAAGAAUCAAACGAACUCAACUUACAGAAAUUACCAGAGGGACAACCAGAAGUGAAUGAGUUAAUCUCGGAUGCAAAAGGAGCUUCCGUGACCAAGGAAGAAUCAAACGAACUCAACUUACAGAAAUUACCGGAAGGACAACCAGAAGUGAAUGAGUUAAUCUCGGAUGCAAAAGGAGCUUCCGUGACCAAGGAAGGAUCAAACAAACUCAACUUACAGAAAUUACCAGAGGAACAACCAGAAGUGAAUGAGUUAAUCUCGGAUGCAAAAGGAGCUUCCGUGACCAAGGAAGAAUCAAACGAACUCAACUUACAGAAAUUACCAGAGGGACAACCAGAAGUUAAAGAGUUAAUCUCGGAUGCAAAAGGAGUUUUCGUGACCAAGGAAGAAUCAAACGAACUCAACUUACAGAAAUUACCAGAGGAACAACCAGAAAUGAAAGAGUUAAUCUCGGAUGCAAAAGGAGUCUCCGUGACCAAGGAAGAAUCAAACAAACUCAACUUACAGAAAUUACCAGAGGAACAACCAGAAGUGAAUGAGUUAAUCUCGGAUGCAAAAGGAGCUUCCGUGACCAAGGAAGAAUCAAACGAACUCAACUUACAGAAAUUACCAGAGGGACAACCAGAAGUGAAAGAGUUAAUCUCGGAUGCAAAAGGAGUUUUCGUGACCAAGGAAGAAUCAAACGAACUCAACUUACAGAAAUUACCAGAGGAACAACCAGAAAUGAAAGAGUUAAUCUCGGAUGCAAAAGGAGUCUCCGUGACCAAGGAAGAAUCAAACAAACUCAACUUACAGAAAUUACCAGAGGAACAACCAGAAGUGAAUGAGUUAAUCUCGGAUGCAAAAGGAGUUUCCGUGACCAAGGAAGAAUCAAACAAACUCAACUUCCAUACAUUACCAGGAGAACAACCAGAAGUGAAUGAGUUAAUCUCGGAUGCAAAAGGAGUUUCCGUGACCAAGGAAGAAUCAAACAAACUCAACUUACAGAAAUUACCAGAGGAACAACCAGAAGUGAAUGAGUUAAUCUCGGAUGCAAAAGGAGUUUCCGUGACCAAGGAAGAAUCAAACGAACUCAACUUACAGAAAUUACCAGAGGAACAACCAGAAGUGAAAGAGUUAAUCUCGGAUGCAAAAGGAGUCUCCGUGACCAAGGAAGAAUCAAACAAACUCAACUUACAGAAAUUACCAGAGGAACAACCAGAAGUGAAUGAGUUAAUCUCGGAUGCAAAAGGAGUUUCCGUGACCAAGGAAGAAUCAAACAAACUCAACUUCCAUACAUUACCAGGAGAACUACCAGAAGUGAAAGAAUUAAUCUCGGAUGCACAAGGAGUCUCCGUGACCAAGGAAGAAUCAAACAAACUCAACUUACAGAAAUUACCAGAAGAACAACCAGAAGUGAAUGAGUUAAUCUCGGAUGCAAAAGGAGUCUCCGUGACCAAGGAAGAAUCAAACAAACUCAACUUACAGAAAUUACCAGAGGAACAACCAGAAGUGAAAGAGUUAAUCUCGGAUGCACAAGGAGUCUCCGUGACCAAGGAAGAAUCAAACAAACUCAACUUACAGAAAUUACCAGAGGAACAACCAGAAGUGAAAGAGUUAAUCUCAGAUGCACAAGGAGUCUCCGUGACCAAGGAAGAAUCAAACAAACUCAACUUACAGAAAUUACCAGAAGAACAACCAGAAGUGAAUGAGUUAAUCUCGGAUGCAAAAGGAGUUUCCGUGACCAAGGAAGAAUCAAGCAAACUCAACUUACAGAAAUUACCAGAAGAACAACCAGAAGUGAAUGAGUUAAUCUCGGAUGCAAAAGGAGUUUCCGUGACCAAGGAAGAAUCAAACAAACUCAACUUACAGAAAUUACCAGAGGGACAACCAGAAGUGAAAGAGUUAAUCUCGGAUGAGAAAGGAGUUCCCGAGACCAAGGAAGAAUCAAACAAACUCAACUUACAGAAAUUACCAGAAGAACAACCAGAAGUGAAUGAGUUAAUCUCGGAUGCACAAGGAGUCUCCGUGACCAAGGAAGGAUCAAACAAACUCAACUUACAGAAAUUACCAGAAGAACAACCAGAAGUGAAAGAGUUAAUCUCGGAUGCAAAAGGAGUUUCCGUGACCAAGGAAGAAUCAAGCAAACUCAACUUACAGAAAUUACCAGAAGAACAACCAGAAGUGAAUGAGUUAAUCUCGGAUGCAAAAGGAGUUUCCGUGACCAAGGAAGAAUCAAACAAACUCAACUUACAGAAAUUACCAGAGGGACAACCAGAAAAAUUACCAGAAGAACAACCAGAAGUGAAUGAGUUAAUCUCGGAUGCAAAAGGAGUCUCCGUGACCAAGGAAGAAUCAAACAAACUCAACUUACAGAAAUUACCAGAGGGACAACCAGAAGUGAAAGAGUUAAUCUCGGAUGAGAAAGGUGCUUCCGUGACCAAGGACGAAUCAAACAAACUCAACUUACAUAAAUUACCAGAAGAACAACCAGAAGUGAAUGAGUUAAUCUCGGAUGCAAAAGGAGUUUCCGUGACCAAGGAAGAAUCAAGCAAACUCAACUUACAGAAAUUACCAGAAGAACAACCAGAAGUGAAUGAGUUAAUCUCGGAUGCAAAAGGAGUUUCCGUGACCAAGGAAGAAUCAAGCAAACUCAACUUACAGAAAUUACCAGAAGAACAACCAGAAGUGAAUGAGUUAAUCUCGGAUGAGAAAGGUGCUUCCGUGACCAAGGACGAAUCAAACAAACUCAACUUACAUAAAUUACCAGAAGAACAACCAGAAGUGAAUGAGUUAAUCUCGGAUGCAAAAGGAGUUUCCGUGACCAAGGAAGAAUCAAGCAAACUCAACUUACAGAAAUUACCAGAAGAACAACCAGAAGUGAAUGAGUUAAUCUCGGAUGCAAAAGGAGUUUCCGAGACCAAGGAAGAAUCAAACAAACUCAACUUACAGAGAUUACCAGAAGAACAACCAAAAGUGAAUGAGUUAAUCUCGGAUGCAAAAGGAGUUUCCGUGACCAAGGAAGAAUCAAACAAACUCAACUUACAGAGAUUACCAGAAGAACAACCAAAAGUGAAUGAGUUAAUCUCGGAUGCAAAAGGAGUUUCCGUGACCAAGGAAGAAUCAAACAAAGUCAACUUACAGAAAUUACCAGAAGAACAACCAGAAGUGAAUGAGUUAAUCUCGGAUGCAAAAGGAGUUUCCGUGACUAAGGAAGAAUCAAACAAAGUCAACUUACAGAAAUUACCAGAAGAACAACCAAAAGUGAAUGAGUUAAUCUCGGAUGCAAAAGGAGUUUCCGUGACCAAGGAAGAAUCAAACAAACUCAACUUACAGAGAUUACCAGAAGAACAACCAAAAGUGAAUGAGUUAAUCUCGGAUGCAAAAGGAGUUUCCGUGACCAAGGAAGAAUCAAACAAAGUCAACUUACAGAAAUUACCAGAAGAACAACCAGAAGUGAGUGAGUUAAUCUCGGAUGCAAAAGGAGUUUCCGUGACUAAGGAAGAAUCAAACAAAGUCAACUUACAGAAAUUACCAGAAGAACAACCAGAAGUGAAUGAGUUAAUCUCGGAUGCAAAAGGAGUUUCCGUGACCAAGGAAGAAUCAAACAAAGUCAACUUACAGAAAUUACCAGAAGAACAACCAGAAGUGAAUGAGUUAAUCUCGGAUGCAAAAGGAGUUUCCGUGACUAAGGAAGAAUCAAACAAAGUCAACUUACAGAAAUUACCAGAAGAACAACCAGAAGUGAAUGAGUUAAUCUCGGAUGCACAAGGAGUCUCCGUGACCAAGGAAGAAUCAAACGAACUCAACUUACAGAAAUUACCAGAAGAACAACCAGAAGUGAAUGAGUUAAUCUCGGAUGCAAAAGGAGUUUCCGAGACCAAGGAAGUAUCAAACAAACUCAACUUCAAUAAAUUACCAGAAGAACAACAAGAAGUGAAUGAGUUAAUCUCGGAUGCAAAAGGAGAUUCCGUGACCAAGGAAGAAUCAAACAAACUCAACUUACAGAAAUUACCAGAAGAACAACCAGAAGUGAAUGAGUUAAUCUCGGAUGCACAAGGAGUCUCCGUGACCAAGGAAGAAUCAAACAAACUCAACUUACAGAAAUUACCGGAAGGACAACCAGAAGUGAAUGAGUUAAUCUCGGAUGCAAAAGGAGUUCCCGUGACUAAGGAAGAAUCAAACAAACUCAACUUACAGAAAUUACCAGAAGAACAACCAGAAGUGAAAGAGUUAAUCUCGGAUGAGAAAGGAGUUUCCGUGACCAAGGAAGAAUCAAACAAACUCAACUUACAGAAAUUACCAGAGGGACAACCAGAAGUGAAAGAGUUAAUCUCGGAUGAGAAAGGAGUUCCCGAGACCAAGGAAGAAUCAAACAAACUCAACUUACAGAAAUUACCAGAAGAACAACCAGAAGUGAAUGAGUUAAUCUCGGAUGCAAAAGGAGUUUCCGUGACCAAGGAAGAAUCAAACAAACUCAACUUACAGAAAUUACCAGAGGGACAACCAGAAGUGAAAGAGUUAAUCUCGGAUGAGAAAGGAGUUCCCGAGACCAAGGAAGAAUCAAACAAACUCAACUUACAGAAAUUACCAGAAGAACAACCAGAAGUGAAUGAGUUAAUCUCGGAUGCAAAAGGAGUUUCCGUGACCAAGGAAGAAUCAAACAAACUCAACUUACAGAAAUUACCAGAGGGACAACCAGAAGUGAAAGAGUUAAUCUCGGAUGAGAAAGGAGUUCCCGAGACCAAGGAAGAAUCAAACAAACUCAACUUACAGAAAUUACCAGAAGAACAACCAGAAGUGAAUGAGUUAAUCUCGGAUGCAAAAGGAGUUUCCGUGACCAAGGAAGAAUCAAACAAACUCAACUUACAGAAAUUACCGGAAGGACAACCAGAAGUGAAUGAGUUAAUCUCGGAUGCAAAAGGAGUUUCCGUGACCAAGGAAGAAUCAAACAAACUCAACUUACAGAAAUCACCAGAAGAACAACCAGAAGUGAAUGAGUUAAUCUCGGAUGCAAAAGGAGAUUCCGUGACCAAGGAAGAAUCAAGCAAACUCAACUUACAGAAAUUAGCAGAAGAACAACCAGAAGUGAAUGAGUUAAUCUCGGAUGCAAAAGGAGUCUCCGUGACCAAGGAAGAAUCAAACAAACUCAACUUACAGAAAUUACCAGAGGGACAACCAGAAGUGAAAGAGUUAAUCUCGGAUGAGAAAGGAGUUCCCGAGACCAAGGAAGAAUCAAACAAACUCAACUUACAGAAAUUAGGCCUACCAGAAGAACAACCAGAAGUGAAUGAGUUAAUCUCGGAUGCAAAAGGAGUUUCCGUGACCAAGGAAGAAUCAAACAAACUCAACUUACAGAAAUUAGGCCUACCAGAAGAACAACCAGAAGUGAAUGAGUUAAUCUCGGAUGCAAAAGGAAUUUCCGUGACCAAGGAAGAAUCAAGCAAACUCAACUUACAGAAAUUACCAGAGGGACAACCAGAAGUGAAAGAGUUAAUCUCGGAUGAGAAAGGUGCUUCCGUGACCAAGGAAGAAUCAAGCAAACUCAACUUACAGAAAUUACCAGAAGGACAACCAGAAGUGAAUGAGUUAAUCUCGGAUGCAAAAGGAGUUUCCGUGACCAAGGAAGAAUCAAACAAACUCAACUUACAGAAAUCACAAGAAGAACAACCAGAAGUGAAUGAGUUAAUCUCGGAUGCAAAAGGAGAUUCCGUGACCAAGGAAGAAUCAAGCAAACUCAACUUACAGAAAUUAGCAGAAGAACAACCAGAAGUGAAUGAGUUAAUCUCGGAUGCAAAAGGAGUUCCCGAGACCAAGGAAGAAUCAAACAAACUCUUACAGAAAGUAUCGAACACUUCUUUAAGUCGAAGAUUAGAUUUACUGUGCGAUUAUGAAGAAAAUGUGGGACUAAUUGAUGAUGCUUUUAUAACACAAAAAGAUGACCUUAAGGACUCAUUUGUGAUCCUCAGGAAGUCUCCCCCUCUCUACUCUGGCCCUCUCAGUGAUGGAAGAGGAGCCUCCGCGGCCUCCGGGCAAGAUUCCAACCACCUCGACUUACAGAAAUUACCAGAAAAACAACCAGAAGUAAAGGAGUUAAUCACAGAUGUUAAAGGAGCUUCCGUGGCCAGGCAAGAGUCAAACAAACUCAACUUACAGAAAGUAUCGGAAGAACACUCAGAAGUGAAAAAGGUUAUCUCUUAUGCUCUGGAUGUAUACUGGGCUCAAAGGAUAUCUAGGCAGUCUCUGAAAGGCGUUCAAGCUCCGCCAUAUUUCCUGAAACCCGAGAGAGGCACUGACAUGAAAGCGAACAGCAAACGAGCAUAUAAACACCUAGUGUUUGAUUUGGUUGGCGAGCUAAUGGUUGAUAUUUAUCAGGACGAGGAUGAGGAAGAUGAAUAUGCCACAUGGAUGAAACCUAAGCCAAUCAAAAAACAGUAUUUCAAAGGGAGGUCAGCUCCCACAAAACUUUGUGAAUUGCGUCCUCUUGUGGAGAAUGAGAUUUUACAAUCUCUUGGUUUAGUUCAAAAAACGAAAACGGAAAGCAGAACCAAAUGGGUGGGUAAAAAGAAGAAAGAUCGCAUAGAUAGGAUAUUAGAGCAGGAAUUACGAACUGAAGAAAAGGAAUUUGUGAAUUUUGACGCUGAUGAAUUUUCUGUAAAAACGCGAAUUGCUGAUGCGAUAUUUGACUCUUUGCUCAGAGACACUGGUUCUGUAAUUAAAUCAAUCGCAGAAAGAAAAGCAAAACGGUGUAAAUAA